AUGAAGACAAUGGUGUUAAAAUUGACGAUCGAGACCGAGAAAAGCAAGAGAAAGGCCCUCAAAGUGAUUGCAGCGGUGAAAGGGGUGGAUUCUGUGGCUGUUGACAUGGAGAAACAAAAGAUGACUGUAAUUGGGGAAGCAGACCCUGUGAAUGUUACAUCAAGGCUCAGGAAAUCAGAUUUGCAGAAAAUGGUGUUAAAAUUGACGAUCGAGAACGAGAAAAGAAAAAGAAAGGCCCUCAAAGUGAUUGCAGAGGUGGAAGGGGUAGAUUCUGUGGCUGUGGACAUGGAGGAAAAAAAAGAUGACUAUAAUUGGGGAAGCAGACCCUGUGAAUGUUACAUGAAAGCUCAGGAAAUCAGGUUUUGGCUUUGCAGAAUUACUGAGUGUAGAACCUACCAAGGAGGAGAAAAUUAA